GAGUCUCACCCCCAGACGUUGAGACGACACGCAGACGACGGAGCACUACUUGAGCACUUUGAGCAGUCAAGCGGUCAUUUCGUUUCAGAGUGUUACGUUUUCUUGUUGACAAAUUGAACUCAAUAAUUUCCUCCGUGUGCCGUGACCAGUGAUUCAUAUUAAUUAGUCACAUUCUGCUGUUAUCAUCAUCAUCUAAAUUAUCAAUGAAAAUGAGUUCCUCCGUGAAUCUUAAUCCGAAAACUCCAAGGGUUCAAAUCAAAACUCCCAAAGACGCAUUUAGUCAGGAGCUUUUUCAGUUUUGCCUUGAAAAUCCAAUCACCGUGGUCGAAGGACUCUGCUCGCCUUCUGUUUGUGACUUCAAGCUGGGAAAGUUUUCAACACUAUCGCUGACCAAAGCAUGGCCUGACCACCCCAUUGAAAUAAGAACGCAGAAGUUCAAAAGUGCUGAAAAAAAUGUGCCCAUGGCCGGGAGGAAUUCCUGGGAUUGUUACUCAGCUCGGUCACAAAUGACCAUUCGGAAAUAUGGAGAGUACCAGGGUGCAAACUUCUUGCGUGAAAAGAACGGCGUUGGUGGAAAUUCGGCCCAUGGAAUACAGUUUGGUACUAAUCUUGAUCUUUCUGAUGCAAAGAUGUGGCAACUACAACUGCAAGAAUUUAAUAAGUUGCCUCCUGCUUUUAAAUUGUACUCUCCGGGGAAUCUAUUGUCGUACGUUGGUCACAACAUCUUGGGCAUGAACACUGUACAACUUUACAUGAAGGUCAAAGGUAGCCGGACGCCUGGACAUGAAGAGAACAACAAGUUUUGUGCAGUCAACAUCAAUGUUGGUCCCGGAGAUUGUGAGUGGUUUGGAGUUGCAGAUGAAUAUUGGCCAGCCAUGUACAAAUUGUGCCAAUCCCAUGGAAUGAACUAUCUCAAAGGUUCCUGGUGGCCUGAUCCAGAAGAAUGUUUUGCUGCUGGAAUCCCAGUCUAUCGCUUCAUUCAACGACCUGGAGAUCUGGUGUAUAUAAAUAUUGGCUGCGUUCACUGGGUGCAAUCUCUUGGCGUAACCAACAACAUCGCUUGGAACGUUGGUCCACUGGUUCCACUUCAAUUCCGUGCUGCGCUCGAACGCUACGACUUCAACAAAGUGGAAAACUAUAAAAGCAUCGUUCCCAUGAUCCUAUUGUCCUGGAACAUUGGAAGAACCUUGUGGAUUCGUGACCCCGAGUUCUUUCAGCUGGUCAAAAAAGUACUUUCGAACAGUCUUGACAAGAGUAGGAAAGAUCUCCAACAAGCUCGCCGACAUAAUGUCCCCAUCCGACAUCAUGGAAAGAAGGAAGGAGAACCGGUCCAUUACUGCGGGUCGUGUGAGGAGGAAGUGUUCAACACAUUAUUUAUUAAAAAGAAUGAGAAGCGCCCUCGCGUUUUCUGCCUGGAAUGUGCCUUACAAUCCUCACCACAAUUGGAAGACUACGCAUGUCUUCAGGAAUACACUCUGGACGAACUUACCACGGUGUACGAAAAUUUCAAACGAUUAGAAUGAGUCUCGAGGAACGGCGAUAUUGCUGAUCGACUGAGUUAAUGACUGAAUUAAUUUUACCAUGCUGCCAUAAAAAUACCAAUCCAAUUAUAUAUUUAUCAAUUAUUUUUUGUACUCUGUCGGUAAAAAUUGCAA